CUGGAGACACCAUUGUACUGACCUUACAAUCUGCCUCUCCCCUCCUGACUCUGGCCCUCUGGGGUGAAUCUGGCAGAUCUAACAGAUCCUGUCCUUGCUGGGCAUCUCUGAGGAAUGCAGUGAGAAGUGAGGGCCAGUUUAGUAUGAGGUUCCUUGCUGGGGCAAACCUGCCAGAAGCUUCUGAAGCAGCCCCAGAGUGAUGUGAUGGCUCAGGUGAUCAGAUGUCAUCCCUGAGUCUUCUGGACUCUUCUUAGAUCCACCAUGAACAUCUCUCACUUUCUGACCUUGCUCCCAGGAUUCUGGCAGGCUCAAAACAGGAGCAAGUCAAAGGACAUCCUGUACAACUUCUCUGACCACUGCCAGGAUUCUGUAGACCCAAUGGUCUUCAUCGUCACCUCCUACAGCAUUGAGACCAUUGUGGGGGUCCUGGGCAACCUCUGCCUGAUAUGCGUGACCAUUAGGCAGAAGGAGAAGGCCAAUGUGACCAACCUGCUCAUUGCCAACCUAGCCUUUUCUGACUUUCUCAUGUGCCUCAUCUGCCAGCCACUCACGGUCAUUUAUACCAUCAUGGACUACUGGGUCUUUGGUGAGGCCCUUUGCAAGAUGUCAGCCUUCAUCCAAUGCAUGUCAGUAACUGUAUCCAUCCUCUCUCUUGUCCUCGUCGCCCUGGAGAGACAUCAGCUCAUCAUCAACCCAACAGGCUGGAAACCCAGUGUCUCCCAGGCCUACCUGGGGAUUGUGAUCAUCUGGCUCAUUUCAUUUGUCCUCUCCCUGCCCCUCCUGGCCAACAAUGUCCUGGAGAAUGUCUUUCACAAGAACCAUUCCAGGGCUUUGGAAUUUCUGGCGGAUAAGGUGGUCUGUACUGAGUCCUGGCCACUGGACCACCAUCGCAUCAUCUACACCACUUUCCUGCUGCUCUUCCAGUACUGCAUCCCCCUGACCUUCAUCCUGGUCUGCUAUGCACGCAUCUACCGGCGCCUACGGAAGCAGAGGCGGGUGUUCUGCAAGGGCACCUACAGCUCACGGGCCUGGCAGAUGAAGCGGAUCAAUGGGGUUCUCCUGGUAAUGGUGGCCACCUUUGCCAUGCUCUGGCUGCCUCUGCAUGUGUUCAACAGCCUGGAGGACUGGCACCAUGAGGCCAUUCCCAUCUGUCACGGCAACCUCAUCUUCUUGGUGUGCCACCUGCUUGCCAUGGCCUCCACUUGUGUCAAUCCUUUCAUCUAUGGCUUUCUCAACACCAACUUCAAGAAGGAGGUUAAAGCCCUGGUGCUGACCUGCCAGCAGAGCGCCCCGGUGGAGGAGUCUGAACAUCUUCCCCUGUCCACAGUGCACACGGAGGUCUCCAAAGGGUCUCUGAGGCUCAGUGGCAGGUUCAACCCCAUUUAGCCAGGGCUAGGGCUUCUUCCCACCAUGUUCAUUGCCAGGCUCCUUCACUUAGCUACAUGGGCACGCUGCAAGCUGGGGGAGGGGUGGCGCUUCAUCUUUAUUGACUUUCUGGGGUUCAGAUAAAGCCCAUGUUGGCAUCCAUUUGCAUUGUGAAGCCUGACAUUCAGAUGGCCCAGCCGUUUAUUCCUGGGAGGAUUCUGAGUCUGGAUUCUGCAGGUCGCAGUGCUCCUUGCCGUUUGAGCAGAUGCCAGCGCUCAAAGCAGACAGGGCUCAUUCUAGUAAUUCAGCAGCAGAUGCUCUAUGUGGAGACUCAGGAGCUCACUCCCACUGGUGACAUGGUGAGGUCACUGACGGUGGGGGAAGGAGCAUGUGGAGUCAGAACUCUGGACCUUGGUCAACCCUUAACCUCUGUGAGAGGGCAUGUUUGUGGAUGGGCUUUGUGUGUGGAAAAUAAUUCUCUGGAGAAAAGACAAUGAGAUCUACUGUUAAAUCAUUAGCACAUCCAACUGCAGACAACGGGUCCUGGUAGCUUUGGGUGUUCACGCUCUGAAAAUCUGUCCUGAACUGCAGGAAUUCAGGAGUCACACCCUGCUCCUUUUUGGCUUUUCUGCAUCUGUAACCUUGAAUGGAAAUAAGGGUGCAAGUGCCUUUCCUUGAUGAGAUUGUGAACGCUUUGAGGGGGCCAUCUGUAUUUUCAUAGAGCUGUGUCCUCCAUGUCUUGGACAGACCCUGGCAUGGGGGUGAGCUCCAGAGGUUUACUGUGGUAGACUGACCAGAGGUGUCCCUACUGAGCACUCGGCAGAGGACAGGUGCCCUGUGUGUCCCAUGGUCCAGCAUGGGAAGAACUCAUGCCACUGCAGCUAUAUUCUCUUGCCUGCUAGGACCUCUCUUAACAAGGCAGCUGGCCAGGGACUUUGUGACACUCCCCAGUGUCGACCCUGCAGAGGCCUGCAGUACUCAUGGCCUGCACCUGCCUUCCUUCCAGACUCUUCAUUGAGCUGACUAGCCCUGGGUGAUGUGCCACUGUUUUUCCAAACCUCCCCAGGAGUUUGGGCCUCUCAAUGGCCUUCAGUAGUGGCAGGGGGAGGGAGUUCUUGGAGUGUGGCUUAAUGGGACUGUAAGGAGCCAGAGAAAAUGGAGCAAGUGCUAUAAGUAUAAAUAUCCCCCCCAUGGGGGUUACGGUCCAGUCUUUUGGAUGCUGAACCAGAUCCAAGGCUUCAUCUGUGUGUAGACCUGACAGCCUGUCCUUGCUGGGAAGGAAAUGUCUAGAUUAUUCCUGGGCCAUUUGUUGAGCCUGGCUCUGCCCGCUUAGACCCACCGGAGACAGUGACUGGACCCGUGGUAGCCUACCAAGGCAGGGUGCUCAGGAGCCCAGAGCCCUUGAGAAGCUUCACUGUGAGGCCCCAAGGACUGGCUGCACCAGGAGGUCUGGCAAAGAGAUGACAGCAGGAGCCAUCUCUGACCAUCUCUCUGGUCUGGUCCCUGAUCAAUAACCUGUGCAACUAACCCCCAAGCAAAAGCUUUUUGAGCCAUGAGUUCCUUUCCUGGAGUUGGGGGUGGGGUGCUUAAGCCCCUUUGGAUCCCAUGCAGUUGCCUGGAGCUUGUGGUUCAUCAGUCAUCUCUGUGCCUGAGCAAGAGUGCUGGCAUGCUUGUGAACUGAGGGGCCAGGCUGGGUACCUGGUGAAGGUGCUUGGCAUUAAGAAUUGGGGUAAUGGUUGGAAGUCACUCUGCAUCUUCUGUGCUCCCUCACCUUGUUUAGAUUGAAACAGCCUGCCUGCCUGUCUCCUGCUCAUGGUUCCUAAUGAUCCUUGGGGUCACUUGGUUACCCAGCACCUACUCAAAAUGUGCUCACACCAGCACCCUCAGCCUCAUGUGGAGCUUAUUAGACAAGCAGAAUCUCUCCACUCCAGACCUAUUGAAUUGGAAUCCAUUUUACCUGCAUCCAAAUUAAUGGUGCACACAUUCAAGUUUGACAAGCCCUGCACUAGCUAACUGAUCACCCCUUAGUCCAGAGCCCCCUGUGAGCACCCGUUGACACUUAUGGUGGGAUCCAGCACAGAGUCUGGAAACGUGAACUCUGGAGCUACAACUUCAAGUGGUGAUGCCAAAAAGGUGGAUUCCCUUUCAGCUGUUUGCCUCAUCUCUACUCACAUGUGGACAUAUUUCUUGUGAAAUAUCUAUUCAUUCAUUCAGUAUAUAUUUGACAAAUAAACAGUUUGCAUGGUUACAU